UUUCUUUCGGCUUAAAUGCAUUCUAAUAUUGAUUAACGAUGUAAAAAGUAAUUGUUAAAUUAAAAAGGAGAAGCUAAUGUAAUGUAUUGAUGUUCUUAUUUAUGGAAAGAAGCAUACAGUUAUAAAAGUAAGUUUUUGAAGUAAUCGAUCUAUUUAAAACGUAACCAUUUCCGAUAUCAUUUUCCAUUUCCAUGGAGAGGCGAUGUGUGAACAUUAAUGUGAACGUUAAUGCGCAUUGCGUAUUAAUUGGAAAGGGCUGUUUGUUUUUUCGCGCACAAACUUAGUGCAUAUCGUAAAUUACGAAAAAGAGUGUCAAGUCGGUAUAGGAAUGUGGCACUUCAAAAUGGCUGCCAGUUACUUUAGUAAUUUACGGCUGUACCUUUCUUUGUUGUUGCUGGAGUAAUUACGACUAUAUGUUCGAAUAGCAUAGAAUUAGUUUUAAAGGGAAAUAGUGAACUAAAACAUCUACGUACACGUCAACCUCGUCACAUGGAUUGUGUGGGAACGUGAGAAAAGAAUAUGCUCUGAAGUCGUUCUCUCCUGAUUGCUGUUUCAGUGAAACUUAUUUCAAGAAAUCUCGUAGCCAAUGCCUCCUGUCUUUUGAGGAAAGUGUGUGCUAUCGUAGCCCGUUUUACGUACAGAAGACUUUCUGGAUUGAUCCGUUACGCAUGUAAUGAAUAGAUGUAUGUAUAUGUACAUAUAUAUAUGUCACAGCCGGAUUAAAGCUAGGUCUGUGAAGGCCUAGCAUGGGCCACUAUGAAUCCAUCCAUGGUUAGCAAAUCGAGCACUCGUGGCUCUGGAUAUCAUCAAAAAGCUCUGGCUGAAAUUCGCAAUUCUUUGCUACCUUUUGCGAACAUUGGAGGAGCAGGGGAAAUUGGCUCCAGUGCUGCUAGUACUAUAUCUACUUUGUCUACAACCAGUGGUAUUAGUUCUGCUUCUGGAUUUAGUGGUCUGUCAGCAGCAUCAGGUUUUAUCAUUGAUAAGUCUGAGCAACGACAAUUAUUGACUCAGCUAUUAGCAAUGGGAUAUUCCGAGGAAAUUGCAUUACGCGCAUUGAAGUUAGCGGGAUGGCGUCUAGAUGCAGCUGUAGAAUUCUUAAAGCAGGCUCAGGGAGAAUUUUUGAAUGGUCUUUGUAAACUCAACAGCAAAUUGAUAAGAAAGCCUAGUUUAGAAAGAGAGUUAAGUUUACAACGUGGUAGUCCUGCAUUGGAUAGUGGAGCAGGAAGUUCACGAUCUGAUAGUCCACGUAUGACAGAGCUUAGCCCACAUCCGCAAUUGAGUCGACAAUAUUCGCCGAGCAAUUUUGUAGAACGAGAACCACCACCUCCUCCUCCUCCUAGAUGCAGUUCUACACCACCGCCGCCACCACCGCCUCAUGCUCCAUAUAAUCAACCAAAUGUGCCUACUAAUAUGCAGCAAAUGCUUAAACGAAUGUCUCCUGCUCCAGUUGUUCCAACACGACCACCUCCUACUACUCCUGGUAAUACUGGGCCAAUAUCAACAUCAGUUAAUUUACCACAAAGAGGUACAAGCCCAGUAGCGAGUUCAAAUAAUAAUUCCAACUGUCGUCAGCCUAUGAUUGUUCAAAAUGGUCCGCAAGUUCAGCAACAACUUUCUCAACAAAUGCAAGCUCUCAGUAUUUAUCAAACAAGCAACAAUAGUACUCAAGUCGAACCACCACCACCGUAUCCCAUAGUUUCUUCCUCGUCGGCUGGUCCAGUACAACCACCGUCUUACAGUGCCUCUAUACAAAAUAGGCAAAGUCCUACGCAGUCUCAACAGGAUUAUCGCAAAAGUCCUUCCUCUGGGAUUUAUUCUGGUCCAACGUCGGCUGGUUCUCCAAGUCCAAUUACCGUUUCCGCUAUCUCUCCAAGUAUACAAGCAUCCAUGGCGAGACCAACCCCAUUGCAAGCUUGGGGUGCACGGCAGGCGAAAACACAACCACCGAUCAUUAUGCAAUCUGUUAAGAGUACACAAGUACAAAAACCUGUAUUACAAACUGCAAUUGCACCGACUUCUCCGCAACCAAUUUCCACUACCAGUAAUACACCUCCACCUCCGCCAUCGUAUGCAUCAUCUAUUCAACAGAAACAACAGCAGCAACCUCAACCUCAGCAGCAGCAACAGCAGCAGCAGCAGCAGCAGCAGCAGCAGCAGCAACAACAACAACAACAACAACAAUCGUCGCAACAAUUACCACCCGCGUAUCCACCAUUAAAUAGUGGCACAAUUGGUGCAACAUCGACAAAUAAUAUAAACUUAGGUAUUUCAGUGGGAGUGCCUACUACGGAACCACCAAGUUACGCAACAACAAUGCAAGCAUUAGCAGUACAACGUGGCAUGCAUCACCCAGUGCCUCCUCCUCCUUAUGGAACAGUUACCACCGAUGAUCUUAGCUGCAUAUCGGCGAUAGAUAAUAAUACGACUGUUAGAUCAUCUCCAGUUGCACUACAUCCUCCGUUACAAAGAAAAUAUUCUCCAGCAGAUGGAUGCCAACAUCCUACAGAGACACCACCUUUACCUCCAGUAACGUCUACAUCUGUUUCUUUAAGAACAAACAACGGCAUCAAUAGUAAUACCAAUAAUGGUAAUACUAACAGUAGUAAUAGCAACAAUAGUAAUACCAACAGUAGUAAUACCAAUAAUAGUAAUACCAACAAUAACAGCAAUAACAGCAAUAACAGUAGCGGCGGCAGCAAUAAUAACAACAAUAACAACAAUAAUAAUCCUUCACCAGACAGCAAUGGAGCAAAAGGAGCCGAUUCAUCUUACAAGAUCAAGCACCAAUCUCCAAUACCUGAGCGUAAACAAAUAAGCAAAGAGAAGGAGGAGGAACGUAGAGACUGUAAAGUUCGUAAUUAUUCUCCGCAAGCGUUUAAAUUCUUCAUGGAACAACAUAUUGAAAAUGUAUUAAAAUCUCAUAAACAAAGAUUAUAUCGUCGAUUUCAAUUAGAAACAGAGAUGUCUAAAAUAGGUCUCAGCGUGGAAGCUCAAUGUCAAAUGAGGAAAAUGUUGUCGCAGAAGGAAUCGAAUUAUAUUAGAUUGAAGCGUGCAAAGAUGGAUAAAUCGAUGUUUACGAAAAUUAAACCAAUUGGAGUUGGCGCUUUUGGUGAAGUAACUCUUGUUAGGAAACUUGAUACCAAUCAAUUUUAUGCUAUGAAGACUCUAAGGAAAACUGAUGUGUUAAAUCGUAAUCAAGUUGCUCACGUUAAGGCCGAAAGAGACAUAUUAGCAGAGGCUGAUAAUGAGUGGGUUGUGAAACUCUAUUAUUCCUUUCAAGAUAAGGACAAUUUAUAUUUUGUAAUGGAUUAUAUACCUGGUGGUGACUUGAUGUCGUUGUUGAUCAAGUUUGGCAUUUUCAAGGAAUCUUUAGCGAGAUUUUACAUUGCUGAACUAACGUGCGCCGUAGAAAGUGUUCAUAAAAUGGGUUUUAUUCAUAGAGACAUUAAACCAGAUAAUAUUUUAAUUGAUCGAGAUGGACACAUAAAAUUAACAGAUUUUGGCCUAUGUACAGGAUUUCGUUGGACUCAUAAUUCUAAAUAUUAUCAACAAAAUGGACAUGGAAAACAAGAUUCGAUGGAUCCUGCCGACGAUUGGAGCAACGAAUGUCGGUGCAUCCAGUUAAAACCAUUGGAACGUAGAAGACAUAGAGAACAUCAAAGAUGUUUGGCCCAUUCUUUGGUUGGAACACCAAAUUAUAUCGCCCCAGAGGUACUACAAAGGACAGGAUAUACUCAGUUGUGCGAUUGGUGGAGUGUUGGUGUAAUUUUAUACGAAAUGUUAGUUGGCUCUCCACCUUUUCUUGCUAAUACUCCAGCUGAAACGCAAUAUAAGGUGAUCAAUUGGGAAACGACUUUGCACAUCCCGAAACAAGCGAAUCUGUCAGCCGAAGGUAUGGAUUUGAUAUUAAAAUUAUGCGUUGGUGCAGAUCGUCGAUUAGGUAAGAAUGCAGACGAAGUAAAGAGUCAUCCAUUUUUUGCGGACAUUGACUUUGAAAAAGGAUUGCGUCGGCAAGUAGCUCCUCACAUACCUCGGAUACAAUAUGCUACCGAUACAAGUAAUUUUGAUCCCGUGGAUCCUGAUAAAUUAAGAAAUUCGGAAUCGCCAGAUUCCAAAUCCAACGAAAUAUUAGAUAAUAGCAAACCGUUUCAUGGUUUCUUUGAAUUUACUUUUAGACGCUUUUUUGACGAUGGUGGUGGUCCUGUGUAUCCUAGUCGAAUAAGUUUGGACGAUAAUGAUAAUCAAGGUCCAGUUUACGUAUGACAGUAGCUUUAGAAUUUUUUGUAUUCGCUAAGUCGACGAUAAAUCUUUCGUAUAUUUUUUUCUUCUUUCUUUUUUUGGGGGAAAAAAAUUUGUGUUUGUAAAUACUAUCUGAAACAAUUCUUCUGGAUCAACAAGUAGUUAGGGUAAUGUGAAUCGUAAAAAAAAUUUGUUAAAUUGUCAACGCGCGCACGUAUGUAAAUAUAAUGGAGGAUAAGCGAAUGAAUGUAUAUACGUGUAUGCAUGAGGUAAAGAGGAUGAGUGAUUACGAAUAAUACAUACGUGCGCGCAUAUAUAAGUACACUGUGUAUAUACCACAUCAUGUUAUGUUUUACACGGGAAGGAGAAAAAGAACAAUAAUCAUACAUAAAACAGAAACCCUCGCGUUUGUUCCUUAAUUUCAGUAACAUAUCAUACUCGUUUGUUUUCUAACUUGUUUUUUUUCUUUUCCUCUCUUUUAUUCUUCUUUUUCUUAUCCUUUUAUUAUAAUCGCAAAAUUGUUGGAUGAAUCGCUUUUUUGGAAGGACAGACUUCUUUGAUAAUUGAUAACUGUUGGGACUGCAUAAUGUUGUAGAAGAUGAAAUUACAUGUAAAAUUGUAAAAUUUAAAUUUGUGGGCAUUCAUCAUAUUUUUACAUGGUAUAAUUACUAUAAACUUUUAUUGCUACAAUGUGGCAUGAUUAAUUUUGAAGUUUCACAGAGAGUGUGAUAAAAAAAAGAAAGAGAAAGACUUGUGUAUUUUUUAAAAAGUAUAUGAAAUAAAUUUUUAAUAAGACAUAUCAAUUUAUGAACGUAAUAAUUAUAAAUCGGAAAAAAGAAAAAAAGCGACUGACAACUAGACUAUAUAUGUAUUCAUAUAGUAUGUUUAUUGAAAGAAAAAUAUUGUGCUUGCCAUUUUUAUUGGUAUUGGCUCUUGUGCCUAUUGGAACCGUGUGUUUAUAUGUUUCAGCAAGUACUGUGAUAUUGCUAGAAUAAUACCACUUUACAUCUAUUGGCCUUAUUUAAUUUCUUUUUUUUUUACAUUCGAUUAGUAAUGACAAAUAUAUUAAUAUUAACUGUUACUGUACAGAUUUUUUAAUGGAUGAAAUGUGUUCAUUGCAUAUUAAUGGCUGUUAAUCUUUCCAUUUCUUUAUUUCAUUUUCUCUCUGUCUCUGUCUUUGUCUGUCUCUUUUUCUCUUUCAUUUUUCUCCAGAUUUUCUUUCUCAGUUACUUUUUCUAUUUUUUGAAUAAUUUUUAAAUUUAAGAAAUUUUCAUUACUUUAUUAUCAUGUCGUAUACAUUAUCUUUUAUAUCUUUCUGAAAUAAUAAUAAAAAUGUAUGCAAUUUACGUUGAAUUUGAUCAUCUAUUUUAGAUUCAGUGAUAAGAAGUAAAUAAUUUAGAAACUUUGGUUGCAUAGACAGUACAUUGUUAGUAAUAUAAUUUAUAUGAAAAUGUGAAAGUAAAUAGUAUUGUUAUACUAAGACUAUGAAUUCUUCAUAAUAAAUUCUAUACAAUAAUUGAGCCAUGAUUUUCAAUAGCAAUAGUUGUAUUAAAGAAAUUUUCAAAUAACCGGUUCUAAUACUUCUAAUGUGAAUUAUAUUUUUUCUUUAUAUCCGAUGUCACAAACAAAUUGAAUUUUUAGAUGUAAGCAAUACAAUUGUUUAUUUUGACAAUUUUCCAAUAUUCUAGAAUUAUGGAAUUCACUAAAUGAGAUAUGUGUUGUUACGGUAACGAUUUAUUCGAUACCGUUAAUAUGUUUUAUUUUUAUUGCCAAUAUAUAGUACAGAUAUAUUCGUACAUACAUAUAAACGAAAUAACAAACCAGUUAAUUUCUCCAAAGUAACAUACAA